AUGUCGCAGCAUCCCCCGCCACCACCCCCCGGCUGGGGACCUCCUCCUCCUCCUCCGCCGUCGUCCUCACUACCUCCUCCCCCCUCGACGCCGGCACCUCCUCCGCCAGGCUAUCGCCCUCCGACUGAUCCCCAGAUCGCCAAGUUCGCCCAGAAGAAAAAAGAAUGGGUUCGAAAUCAGCGCAAUCGAUUUGGUGAGAAGCGGAAGGGCGGGUUUGUGCAGACACAGAAGGCGGACAUGCCACCGGAGCACUUGCGCAAGAUCGUCAAGGAUAUCGGUGAUGUUUCGCAGAAGAAGUACACGAACGAUAAGCGAAGCUACUUGGGAGCUCUCAAGUUCAUGCCUCAUGCGGUCCUGAAGCUCCUCGAGAACAUGCCCAUGCCCUGGGAGUCGGCGCGCGAAGUCAAGGUCCUGUACCACGUCAACGGUUGCCUGACCCUUGUCAACGAGAUCCCCCGAGUCAUCGAGCCCGUCUUCUUUGCGCAGUGGGCAAUGAUGUGGACGUUUAUGCGAAAGGAAAAGGCCGACCGACGACUAUUCAAGCGCAUGCGAUUCCCGCCGUUUGAUGACGAAGAACCUCCCCUGUCGUGGUCUGAGAACUUGGAGGAUGUCGAGCCCCUGGAGCCUAUCCAGAUGGAACUCGAUGAGGAUGAUGAUGCGGCAGUCUACGAAUGGUUCUACGACCAUCGACCCCUCCUGGACACGCCCCAUGUCAACGGACCGAGUUACAAGUCCUGGAACCUCACAUUACCCCAGAUGGCCACACUAUUCCGUCUCAGUCGGCCUCUUGUUUCGGAUGUGGUGGAUAAAAACUACUUCUACCUCUUCGACCUCAAGAGUCUAUUAACAGCCAAGGCCCUCAACGUCGCUCUGCCCGGUGGACCUCGAUUCGAGCCCCUAUACAAGGAUAUCGACCCUAAUGACGAGGACUUUGGCGAAUUCAACGCCAUCGACCGUAUCAUCUUCCGAAACCCCAUUCGAACCGAGUUCCGAGUGGCCUACCCCUUCCUUUACAACUCUCUCCCGAGAAGUGUGCACCUGUCAUGGCACUCUCACCCCCAGGUUGUGUUCAACAGAGCUGAUGACCCCGACCUGCCGACCUUCCACUUCGAUCGCCGAAUCAACCCCAUCUCUUCACGAACUGUCGCGUCAAAGAACGUCGAGAUUUCGCUCGAGGAUGAGCUUUUUGGACCUGGAAACAUCGAGGAGCCGGAGGAAGAUGCUUUCCAGCUCCCUGCCGGCAUGGAGCCAUUCCUUGCUGAUGAAGACCUUGAGAACGAGGACACAUCGUCAGCCGUCGAGCUGUGGUGGGCGCCAUAUCCCUUCGAUCGACGUUCGGGAAGCAUGGUGCGGGCGCAAGACGUGCCUCUGGUUAAGCAGUGGUAUCUCGAGCACCCUCCAUCCGACCGACCUCCAGUCAAGGUUCGAGUUUCGUAUCAGAAGCUCCUCAAGAACUUUGUCCUCAACGAGCUUCACAAGAAGACACCAAAGGCGCAGAAUAAGCAGAACUUGCUGCGAUCUCUUAAGCAAACCAAGUUCUUCCAGCAGACUACAAUCGAUUGGGUUGAGGCUGGUCUGCAAGUCUGUCGUCAGGGUUUCAACAUGCUCAACCUUCUCAUCCACCGCAAGAAUUUGACAUACCUCCAUCUUGAUUACAACUUCAACUUGAAGCCCGUCAAGACUCUGACAACCAAGGAGCGAAAGAAGUCUCGUUUCGGAAACGCAUUCCAUCUGAUGCGUGAGAUCCUGAGGUUGACAAAGCUGAUUGUCGAUGCCCAAGUGCAAUACAGACUUGGAAACAUCGAUGCUUUCCAACUCGCUGAUGGUAUUCUGUACGCCUUCAACCAUGUCGGUCAGCUGACCGGUAUGUACCGAUACAAGUACAAGUUGAUGCACCAAAUCCGAACUUGCAAGGAUCUGAAGCAUCUGAUUUACUACCGUUUCAACUCUGGACCGGUUGGCAAGGGACCUGGUUGUGGUUUCUGGGCUCCCGCCUGGAGAGUCUGGCUCUUCUUUAUGCGAGGUAUUAUUCCCCUCCUCGAACGAUGGCUUGGCAACCUCCUGUCCCGUCAGUUCGAGGGUCGACACAGCAAGGGAGUGGCUAAGACUGUCACAAAGCAGCGCGUUGAGUCCCAUUUCGAUUUGGAACUCCGCGCGUCUGUGAUGGCUGAUCUCAUGGACAUGAUGCCCGAGGGUAUCAAGCAGAACAAGGUCAACACCGUCCUCCAGCACUUGUCUGAGGCGUGGAGAUGCUGGAAGAGCAACAUCCCUUGGAAGGUGCCUGGCUUGCCCGCGCCCAUUGAGAACAUCAUCCUCCGUUAUGUCAAGUCAAAGGCUGAUUGGUGGAUCUCGGUUGCUCACUACAACCGUGAGCGUAUUCGAAGAGGCGCUACGGUCGACAAGACGGUGGCGAAGAAGAACGUCGGCCGUUUGACCCGUCUUUGGCUCAAGGCCGAGCAAGAGCGACAGCACAACCACAUGAAGGACGGUCCUUAUGUCUCGUCUGAGGAGGCUGUUGCCAUUUACACCACUACUGUGCACUGGCUCGAGUCGCGCAAGUUCUCUCCCAUCCCCUUCCCCAGUGUUUCCUACAAGCAUGACACCAAGAUUUUGAUUCUCGCUCUUGAGCGUCUGAGGGAAGCUUACUCGGUAAAGGGCCGCCUCAACCAGAGUCAACGAGAAGAGUUGGCAUUGAUUGAGCAAGCUUACGACAGCCCUGGCACAACGCUGGAGCGCAUCAAGCGGUUCCUGCUUACUCAACGAGCCUUCAAGGAGGUGAACAUCGACAUGAACGACAACUACAGCACCAUUAACCCCGUUUAUGACAUUGAGCCCAUUGAGAAGAUCAGCGAUGCUUAUCUGGAUCAGUACCUUUGGUACCAGGCGGACCAGCGUCACCUCUUCCCAGCAUGGAUCAAGCCCUCAGACUCUGAGGUUCCCCCCUUGUUGGUUUACAAGUGGGCGCAAGGUAUCAACAACCUGAGUGGUGUCUGGCAGUCUGAAAAUGGCGAGUGCAAUGUCAUGAUCGAGACGGAGCUUUCCAAGGUGUAUGAGAAGAUGGAGCUCACGCUGCUCAACUCUCUGCUGAGGUUGAUCAUGGACCACAACUUGGCCGACUACAUCACAGCCAAGAACAACGUUCAGCUUACGUACAAGGACAUGAACCAUGUCAACAGCUACGGUAUGAUUCGUGGUCUGCAGUUCUCUGCAUUCGUGUUCCAGUACUAUGGUCUUGUCUUGGAUCUUCUCCUGCUCGGACCUCAGCGAGCCAGCGAGAUUGCUGGACCUCCUCAGAGCCCCAACGACUUCUUGCAGUUCCGUGACCGCGAAACAGAAACCAGCCACCCGAUCCGACUUUACACUCGAUAUAUCGACAAGGUCUGGAUCUUCCUCCGAUUUACCGCCGAAGAGUCCCGAGACCUCAUCCAGCGGUUCCUCACUGAGCAGCCUGAUCCCAACUUCGAGAACGUUAUUGGGUACAAGAGCAAGAAGUGCUGGCCCCGAGACUCGCGUAUGCGCUUGAUGCGUCACGAUGUGAACCUCGGUCGAGCUGUCUUCUGGGACAUGAAGAACCGCCUGCCUCGAUCCGUGACAACGAUUGAGUGGGAUGACAGCUUCGUGAGUGUCUACAGUCGUGACAACCCUAAUCUGCUGUUCUCCAUGUGCGGUUUUGAGGUCCGUAUCUUGCCAAAGAUUCGGAACCAGAACGAUGAGUUCCCGGUCAAAGACAGUGUCUGGUCUCUUGUCGACAACACCACCAAGGAGAGAACAGCACAUGCUUUCUUGCAGGUCACUGAGGAGGAUAUCCAAAAGUUCAACAACCGCAUUCGACAAAUUCUCAUGUCCUCGGGCUCCACUACUUUCACGAAGAUUGCCAACAAGUGGAACACUGCCUUGAUCGCACUCUUCACCUACUACCGAGAAGCAGCUGUCUCCACCGUCGACCUGCUUGAUACCAUUGUCAAGUGCGAGACCAAGAUUCAGACUCGUGUCAAGAUUGGCCUGAACUCCAAGAUGCCGUCUCGUUUCCCUCCUGCCGUCUUCUAUACCCCCAAGGAGCUGGGUGGUCUUGGCAUGAUUUCUGGCUCUCACAUCCUCAUUCCCGCAAGUGACAAACGCUGGUCGAAGCAAACUGACACUGGUGUUACUCAUUACAGAGCUGGAAUGACUCAUGAUGAGGAGACUUUGAUUCCCAACAUCUUCCGUUACAUCAUCCCCUGGGAGGCCGAGUUUAUCGACUCUCAGCGCGUCUGGACCGAGUAUUCGCAGAAGCGUCUCGAAGCUAAUCAACAGAACCGUCGUCUUACUCUUGAAGAUCUCGAGGAUAGCUGGGAUCGUGGUCUCCCUCGAAUCAACACCCUCUUCCAGAAGGACCGAAGUACCCUGAGCUUCGACAAGGGUUUCCGUGCCCGAGCAGAGUUCAAAGUUUAUCAGCUCAUGAAGAACAAUCCUUUCUGGUGGACCAGUCAGCGCCAUGACGGAAAACUCUGGAAUCUCAACGCUUACCGAACCGAUGUUAUCCAAGCUCUGGGUGGUGUGGAAACUAUCCUCGAGCACACCUUGUUCAAAGCCACCGGUUUCCCAUCAUGGGAAGGUCUCUUUUGGGAGAAAGCGAGCGGUUUUGAAGAAUCCAUGAAGUUCAAGAAGUUGACGAACGCUCAGCGUUCCGGUCUGAACCAAAUCCCUAACCGUCGAUUCACUUUGUGGUGGUCACCCACCAUUAACCGCGCCAACGUCUACGUCGGUUUCCAGGUGCAGCUUGAUCUUACGGGUAUCUUCUUGCACGGAAAGAUCCCUACUCUCAAGAUCUCGCUUAUCCAGAUCUUCCGAGCCCAUUUGUGGCAGAAGAUCCACGAGUCCGUCGUCAUGGAUCUGUGCCAGGUGUUUGACCAGGAGCUAGAGUCUCUCGGCAUUGAGACAGUCCAGAAGGAGACCAUUCAUCCUCGAAAGUCGUACAAGAUGAACAGUUCUUGCGCCGAUAUUCUGCUGUUCUCCAACCACAAGUGGAAUGUCACGCGACCAUCUCUCCUUUACGACACCAAGGACGUCAUUGAGCCGACAACCACCAACAAGUUCUGGAUCGAUGUCCAGCUUCGAUAUGGUGACUACGACUCUCACGACAUUGAACGAUAUACCCGUGCCAAGUACCUCGACUACACAACCGACAGUGCCAGCAUCUACCCCUCAGCUACCGGUCUCAUGGUUGGUAUUGAUCUUGCUUACAACCUGUACUCUGCCUAUGGCAUGUACUUCCCUGGCUUGAAGGUCCUUGUUCAACAAGCCAUGGCCAAGAUCAUGAAGGCCAAUCCCGCCUUGUACGUUCUGCGGGAGCGUAUUCGAAAGGGUCUGCAGCUGUACGCCUCUGAGAGCAACCAGGAGUUCCUCAACUCACAAAACUACUCGGAACUCUUCAGCAACCAGACGCAGCUGUUCAUUGAUGACACUAACGUUUACCGUGUGACCAUCCACAAGACAUUCGAGGGCAACUUGACAACCAAACCCAUCAACGGUGCUAUCUUCAUCUUCAACCCUCGAACCGGUCAGCUCUUCCUCAAAAUUAUUCACACUAGCGUUUGGGCCGGACAGAAACGUCUGGGUCAGCUGGCCAAAUGGAAGACUGCCGAAGAAGUGGCUGCCCUGAUCCGCUCUUUGCCUGUGGAGGAACAGCCGAAGCAGCUGAUCGUGACCCGAAAGGGUCUUUUGGAUCCUCUCGAGGUCCAUCUGCUCGACUUCCCCAACAUUUCGAUCCGAGCAUCCGAACUUCAACUGCCCUUCCAGGCUGCGAUGAAGGUGGAGAAGCUGGGAGACAUGAUCCUUCGUGCGACUGAACCUCAGAUGGUGCUUUUCAACCUGUACGAUGAGUGGCUCAAGAGUAUCUCGUCUUACACUGCCUUCUCUCGUCUCGUUCUUAUUCUGCGUGCGCUCCACGUCAACCCGGACAAGACGAAGCUCAUCCUUCGACCCGACAAGACCGUCAUCACCCACGAGCAUCACAUCUGGCCAUCUCUGCCGGACGAGGAGUGGAUCAAGGUUGAGACGCAGCUCCGAGAUCUCAUCCUGAACGACUACGGCAAGAAAAACAAUGUUAAUGUGUCGAGUUUGACCACUAGUGAAGUGCGAGACAUUAUCCUUGGUAUGGAGAUUUCGGCUCCAUCCAUGCAGCGACAACAGGCAGCCGAGAUCGAGAAGCAGCAGCAGGAACAGGCGCAGUUGACGGCCGUGACCACCAUGACGCAGAACGUUCACGGCGAGGAGAUUAUCGUUACGACUACGUCGCAGUUUGAGCAGCAGACGUUUGCUUCCAAGACCGAGUGGCGAACCAGGGCCAUCGCUACAUCCAACCUGCGGACUCGAGCCAAGAACAUCUACGUCUCAUCAGUCGACAACGAUUUGGACGACAUUACCUACGUCAUGCCUAACAAUAUCCUAAAGCGAUUCAUCACCAUUGCGGAUCUUAGGGUGCAGGUGGCUGGUUAUUUGUAUGGCUCAUCAGCACCAGACAAUGACCAGGUCAAGGAGGUCAAGUGUAUCGUCAUGAUCCCCCAGAUCGGUGGCCUUCGCAACGUGCAGCUACCGCAGCAGCUGCCUCAGAGCGAGUUCCUUGAGGGUAUGGAGCCCCUGGGUGUGAUCCACACCGUGUCUGGCAACGAGCUGCCGUACAUGUCUGCCACAGAUGUGACGGAGCACUCCAAACUCCUCGAUGCGCAUAGCGAGUGGGACAAGACCAACACGGUGACGGUAUCGGUAGCGUUCACGCCCGGUAGUGUGUCUCUCUCCGCCUGGGGUCUCACUCCUGCUGGCUACAAGUGGGGUGCAGAGAACAAAGACAUUCAGAGCGACCAGCCUCAGGGCUUUACGACAACCAUGGGUGAGAAGCGCAAGCUGCUCCUGAGCCCGCGCUUCAGGGGUUUCUUCCUGGUACCGGAUGACGGUAGGUGGAACUACAGCUUCAUGGGCAGCGCGUUCGCAGGAAUGGAGAAGAAGCCAGUGCACGUCAAGCUGGAUACGCCGAUCCCAUUCUACAGCGACCAGCAUAGACCUGUGCACUUCCACAGUUUUGCGGAGUUGGAGGACAUCUGGGUGGACCGAUCGGACAACUUUGCGUAA